UAUUGUCUUCGUGGAAGAAGCAGUGAGCGGACGGUAGGAGGAGCAAAGAGUGUGUAUUAUUAGAGCAGCGACACACACUCUUGUGCUCGCACUGCAAGCAUGGCUGGCGACAGUGAAACACACCUGAAGGACCGAGCGGAGAACGAACACGACACCCGACAGCCGUUCCUCAUCGGUGUGGCUGGAGGCACCGCUAGCGGGAAGUCUUCAGUAUGUGAGAAGAUCAUGGAGCUGUUGGGCCAGGAUAAGAUUGACCGUCACCAGCGGCAGGUGGUCAUCCUCAGUCAAGACAGCUUUUACAGGGAGCUCACACCUGAACAGAAAGCCAAAGCGCUCAAGGGCCAGUUCAACUUCGAUCACCCAGAUGCUUUCGACAAUGAGCUGGUCAUGAAGACUCUGCAAGACAUCAUUCAGGGGGAGACUGUGCACAUCCCAGUUUAUGACUUUGUUACCCAUUCCAGGAAGGAUGAGUUUGUGACUGUGUAUCCAGCAGAUGUGGUUCUCUUUGAGGGGAUUCUCAUGUUCUACUCGCAAGAGAUUCGAGAUUUGUUCCAAAUGAAGCUGUUUGUGGACACAGACCCAGACACACGCCUCUCGCGAAGAGGUAGAUGACCUGACUGACAGUUU